AUUACAAGUACACUUAUUUUCAAUGAUCAUAUGAUAAUUUGUAAACAUAUAGCAAAAAAAAAAGAGAUGAGUUGUAUAAUAAAAAUGGUAUAUUUUUUUUUGGGGGGGGUAAAGGAGAGAUGAAAAGGAAAAAGCCCAAACCACCGGCCGUCGCUACUUUCCGCUGUUAUUGUUAGGAGACAAAAGAGAAGCUUAUAAAAGCAGCCUAUGGGGUUCAUAGAGUUUGGGUUCAUCAAAUUCAAAACCGCUCGUCUAAACAAAACCCACCUUUAAAAAACUCCUAACGACCUUUUCAAUUCAGAUGGAGAACUUCAAAAAAGCAGAUUCUGUCUGAUUUUACUUUGCUUAAAACAGCUAAGCAAUUUCUGCACACACACACACACACACGCGGAGAGAGACUCAGUCAGUCACUAGUCAGGCUCCAUGACUGACUUACAGCUUCCUAUCUUUCUUCUUCCUUCAGUUUUAUCUCUACUUCUCUUCCUUGUUCUCAUUCGAAGAAAGCAAGCCAGAUUCAAUCUCCCUCCAGGCAACAUGGGUUGGCCUUUUAUUGGAGAAACUUUUGGUUACUUGAAGCACUACUAUGCUACUUCAAUUGGAGAAUUCAUGGAACAACACAUCACAAGAUAUGGGAAGAUAUACAAGUCCAAUUUGUUUGGGGAGCCAACAAUAGUCUCUGCAGAUGCUGGAUUAAACAGAUUUAUACUGCAGAAUGAAGGGAGGUUAUUUGAAUGCAGCUACCCGAGAAGUAUAGGUGGAAUUCUUGGGAAGUGGUCUAUGUUGGUUCUAGUUGGAGAUAUGCAUAGAGAUAUGAGGAUCAUAUCUCUCAAUUUUCUCAGCCAUGCCAGGCUCAGGACUCAUCUGUUGAGAGAGGUAGAGAACCAUACUUUGCUUGUUCUCAACUCAUGGAGAGAGAAUUCUGUAUUUUCAGCUCAAGAUGAGGCAAAGAAGUUCACCUUCAAUUUGAUGGCCAAACAUAUCAUGAGCAUGGAUCCUGGAAAGCCAGAGACUGAGCAGCUGAAGAAAGAGUAUGUUACUUUCAUGAAAGGAGUGGUAUCUGCUCCUUUAAAUUUGCCUGGAACCGCAUAUAGGAAGGCCUUACAGUCUCGAUCAAUCAUCCUGAAGUUCAUAGAGCAAAAGAUGGAGGAAAGAAUUGAGAAAAUGAAGGAAGGAGUAGAAAAUUUGGAGGAAGAUGAUCUUCUUGGAUGGGUUUUGAAGCAUUCCAAUCUUUCUACUGAACAAAUCCUCGACUUAAUACUGAGCUUGCUCUUCGCUGGCCAUGAAACUUCCUCAGUCGCCAUAGCUUUAGCUAUCUACUUCUUGGAAUCUUGUCCAAGAACUAUACAACAAUUACGAGAAGAACACCUGGAAAUUGCAAAAACCAAGAAGCAAUCAGGAGAGAAAGGCUUGAACUGGGAUGAUUACAAGAAAAUGGAAUUCACCCAAUGUGUUAUCAGUGAGACACUUAGACUGGGAAACGUGGUGAGGUUCCUGCACAGAAAAGCUUUAAAAGACGUUCGAUAUAAAGGAUUUGAUAUUCCACGUGGAUGGAAAGUGCUUCCAGUGAUCUCAGCAGUGCACUUGGAUUCUACUCUUUUUGACCAUCCUCAACUCUUCAAUCCAUGGAGAUGGCUGCAGGGUAGCACUGCUCGUGGAUCUUCUAGUUGUCCGAGCAUUGGCAGCAGUAGUAGUAAUUACUUCAUGCCGUUUGGGGGAGGACCAAGACUAUGCGCUGGGUCUGAGUUGGCAAAACUCGAAAUGGCUGUGUUCAUUCACCAUUUGGUGCUGAACUACCAAUGGGAGUUAGCCAAUGAUGAUCAAGCUUAUGCGUAUCCAUUUGUCGAUUUUCCUAAAGGAUUGCCUAUCAGGGUGGUCAAGCUCCACGACUCAAUAUAAAGUAAAGAAAAGAAAUUAAACCGCCCACUUGUUAUUACAGAAAAAUCUCUCGUCUUCGCCGAAGCCUGUCAUGCAUGGACGACGUUGCAUAAUAUAUAUAUAUAUAGCUAGAUGCAUAUUACAGAAGAAGAUUGGUUAUCUCGAAAUAUUUAUGUGAAGAUUUUGAGUCCCGUGGGCUUGGGAGUAUCCAAAGGUUUAGUGUAUAAGUUCUUUUUUUCAUUUGAUGUUUUUAUAUAUAGCAGCUCACGUGAACAAAUUCAAAGUACACAAAUACUAGAAUCCAGGUCGAUCUCUCUCUCUAUCUGCACUGUAAAUCUUACUCUCCCUUUGGAUCCUCCAUGGUUAACGUGGAACUAGAGAGCAAUUCUUCAUUUAUAUACAAUAUUAUUUGCUUUA